AUGGCAGCUUACAGAGAACUUUGUUAUGCAACAAGGUUACCGAUCCGAUCGCUGUUUUCACCUAAACAGAGAGCUCGAAUUUUAAUGAAAGGUGCACAUGCUCCAGGACGGUAUGCCGCAGGGAAUUUAUUGAGACGGUGCUCAACAUCAAACUCUGGGAAGCAAACAUUCAACCAAACGAAGAGUAACUACAGCACCUCUCAGGAAGCCGACGAGCCCUUCUCAUCAGAAGAGGAGCAGUCAGAAGAAUCAGACACCGCAGCAGUCAGACAACUUGUUCUAAACUCGGCUCUAGAAUUCGUCCCUGCAUUCGGGUGGUCGGUCGAUGCGCUAUCGGAGGGGGCCAGGGCAGAGGGACUCCCGGGCGUGGCUCAUGGAAUGUUCCCCAGGGGUGGCGGGGAUCUCGUUCAUCACUUUGUGAAAGAAUGUAAUGCCCAGCUGGCCGAGAAGCUGGCGAGAGAAGUGCAGGAGGAGACGGCGGAAGAAGAACAAGGCGGGAAAAGAGGCAGGAGGGCAGUGCCCUUGAUCCGAGAUGCCCUUGAGGCGCGUCUGCGAAUGAUCAUCCCCUUCAUAGAGCAAUGGCCCCAAGCCAUGGCUCUUAUGGUCGUCCCGUCCAACACCAAGGAACAUUUUAGUAACCUGUCGCAGUUAAUGGACGAUAUCUGGUAUCAUGCCGGUGAUCGAUCAGUAGAUUUUAACUGGUAUACAAAGCGAGUCGCACUGCUUGCCAUAUACAAGAGUGCUGAGCUUACCCUUGUUCAGGACAAGUCUACGGACUUCCAAGAAACAUGGAUGUUCAUCGACAGACGACUUGCCGACUUCUCAAGGAUGUACAAAUUACGAUCAGAUAUUGAUCACACUGUUGGUAGCCUCUCAUCAUUAAUGACUGCAGCUUACACUGUGGGUCGUAACGUAGCUGGUGUUAAUAACAGAAACAGAUGAAGUUGGGCUCUAAAAUGACCAGAGAGACUUUCUCUCAAGUUGAUGACCAGAGGGAAGGUACAACAAUGGCAACCUAUAUUUUGUCAAACUUUAAAAAUUUGUUAAUCCUUGUUGACCCCAAACAAGGCUAAAAAAGCCACUCUUGGUAAAGGGGCUACAGAUAGUAAAGAUUGUACAGAAAAUUGUAGGAUACGGGGAAAAAUGCAUAUGGCAUGGAGUCCCAAACAGAUGCAUUGAAUCAGUGUUUUGUCGUCCUCAAUCUUAGAACAAAUUAUAAACAAUGCUAUACAAUGUAGAUUUAUAUGACAUAAAAUGGAAGUCAGAAUAGAGAGUGGUGUCUUGCCUCACCUUCCACCUCUGGGACCCGGUUCGAUUCCCACUGGGGGUACUAUGUGGAUUGGGU